CAUUUCCGUCUUCCGAUGUUAUGUUCGAUGGCGUUGUUGGCGUCAAAUGGUAUGUAGCCAAUGUUGCUUAAAAUGUCAAAAUCUCUAAUUGACAGUGAUGGUUUUCAAAUUAUUACGACUAAAAAGUCUUUAAAAAGUAAAUCAACUAAAGUACCUCCCAAGGAAACGAAUUUUCAAAAACAGGAAACUAAAAUAGAUAUUGAAAAAUCUUAUCGACGUGUUCACACCUGUGUAGAGGAAUUAAGCACAUCAGAAUAUUUGAAAAAAAUAGAUAAAGCCGUAAGUAAUAUUUUAAAAGAUAGGAACAUCGUAGAAAUCGUUUGUUUUGGCCUUGGGCACAUCGGAGAGUGCAAUAUUUCGAAGUACCAAUUAGCACUACUACUAUGUCUAAAAAACAAAUAUAAACCCAAUAAAGUAUGUGUACAUGACCCGAUAUUUUAUAAAGAUGAAUGUGAAAUUUUAAAAAAGUUCAAAUUAGAUGUUAUUAAAGAAAAUACUGAAGGAAGUUACAUAAUUAGUGAACAAGGAGUAACCUUAGUAUAUCUUCCACACUGUCCAAAACAACUCACAAAUAAUUUUUUUUGGAGCAAUUGGGUAGAGAACUUAGAAAAUUGCAUUCUUCUUUGUAAUAGUUUUACAUCGAUUAUAGAAAAUCAAUUAAGUCGAGUUGUAAAAGAAACUGUUCCAUUAAUACAUAAAAUUUAUCCUUUCACUCAAGAAGUGCUUUUAGACAAUAAUUUCAUAUAUAAGGAUAUAUUUAAUGAUAUAUCAGUACAUUACUUUCCAAAAGAUAAAUUGGAAUGUGUACCAGCUGACUUUUGGAAUAAACCAGAUAAGCCAAAAUAUGAAAACGCUGAAGAAUUUAUAACGUCAUUAAUGAUAGAAAAGUUGACGAUCUAAAUUUGU